AUGGCUGAUCACAAGAACCCUUCUUUAAAGGAAAAAUCCUUCACGAGCUUAACCGGUUGCUUGAAAAGUUCAUUAGUAAUGGAUUAUAACUCACUAGAAAAGGUCUUUUAUAAUAGUUCCCCUUUCCAACCAAUUUCACCGUCCAAUAUGGGAAGAAUAGUGAAUUACCAUUACUUAAACCACAAUCCGUAUUCUCCAAUAGUCUCUUCUUCCUCCAAUGACGCCGAUCCUAAAGAAAGCCUCGGAGAUAAAAGUGGCCCAAUGGAGGAUAACGAAGGAGACAAUCAUGGUGUUGGUGAAAGCUCCAAGACAUCGUCAAAACAAGGUAAAGGAAAAGGAAAGAAGAAGGAACGAGAAGCUAGGGUUGCCUUUAUGACCAAAAGCGAGAUUGAUCAUCUUGAAGAUGGUUAUAGAUGGAGAAAAUACGGACAAAAGGCCGUCAAGAACAGCCCUUAUCCAAGGAGUUACUAUAGGUGCACAACGCAAAAAUGUAACGUGAAGAAACGCGUAGAGAGAUCGUUUCAAGAUCCUUCGAUCGUUAUUACAACCUACGAAGGAAAACACAACCAUCUGAUCCCAAUGACUUUGAGAGGUCCAGUGGUCGCUGCCGAACACCUAUUAGGUCACCGUGGAAACGGUCUCCUACAUAGCUUCCCACGUCAGCAUCAAGAGUUUUUUUUUUUGCCAAAAUGUGAAUUUCAUAUUAAUGAGAAAGGUUUGCAAAUUACAAAAGGUAUAAACUAG